AUGGACCGCCGGGGCUCUUAUCCCAUACAAUCAGCACCCGCUGCAUCAUCAAACCCAACUACACUCCCAGAGAAACCCACAAUAGCACACAGCACGCCUCAACUGCCUAAAUACAUCCAUGCCACUAAAAAUGGAGAAACUCUCCAAGGUCGUACCUUAAUCAUCUGUCUUGAUGGUACUGGCGACCAGUUCGACGGGGACAACAGCAACAUCGUGCAUCUCGUCAGCUGCCUCAAGAAGGACGAUCCACAUCAAAUUACUUACUACCAGACUGGUAUCGGCACCUACAACAGUGGAGGAAUGAGUGAUGGCAUCGCUGCUGCCUUUGACAUGGCAGUCGGCAGUGGUCUCGGCUUCCACGUGAGAGAAGCCUAUCGCUUUCUCAUGCAGACGUACCGCGAAGGGGACAAGAUAUGUCUCUUCGGAUUCUCAAGAGGCGCAUAUACAGCUCGAUGUCUGGCUGGCAUGCUCCACAAGGUUGGGCUCCUCCCAGCACAUAAUCGAGGCCAAGUACCCUUUGCAUACAAGUUCUACAAAGACGACACCCAGAAGGGAUGGAACAUGAGCUCUGACUUCAAGAGGACUUUCUGCAUCGACAUCAACGUCCACUUUGUUGGAGUAUUUGACAGUGUCGCCAGUGUCGGUUUCAUUCCGAGGAAGUUGCCACUGAGCAGUACACCCACGAACAAGCCAAGUUACUUCCGUCAUGCCAUGGCUUUGGAUGAGCGCAGAGCAAAGUUCAAAGUAUGCCGCUACCAACAGAAAGACCACACAGAUCCCAACUCUCGUUGGGUCACCAAAGCAGCAACCGAAGGACACUCCCAGACGCCACGACAAAGACUCGAGUCAGCCAGUACUGCCGACACCUACACUGGCUACCAGGCCAACGACUCCGAGAAGAUGACAAGAAGUGGCUCCGAUGCCAACAAGACCGCCCGAGAGGUCGACUGCCUUGAAGUCUGGUUCUCAGGCUGCCACGCCGAUGUAGGCGGCGGCGCAGUCGCAAACGAAGAACGCCAUAAACCAUCCCAGAUCCCUCUCCGAUGGAUGCUACGUCAAUGCUUUGAGUGCAACACUGGCAUAAUCUUCGACACGCAUCGUCUCGCCGAAGAAGGCCUUGAUGUGCACAUGCUCUAUCCAGUCUACCAGAGACUCGAGAUGCCGAAAGUAGGCCCUUCCCCAAACACAAUGGAGAGGUACCAUCAAGGCGAGCUCGCACCCAUCUCUCGCCGCUCCACCCUCCUGGAAGCCCAAGAGACCAACAAUCACGACAGCCUCUACAAUUUGAACCUCUAUCAAGACACGGAAAAACACAAGAUCGCCGACCACUGGAUGCCAGAACAAAUCGAAGACUACUUCGACGCCAUCACACCAUUCAAUGAUCAACUCGUGCAGGCAAAGUUCUGGUGGAUCUUGGAGUUGUGGCCGAUUAAAGUUCGAUUUCAGUCAAAGGAUGAGGAUACCUGGAUCAAGAAGGUGAGGAUGAACAUGGGCAGAUAUAGAGCUGUGCAAGAGCCGGAACCAAAUUUGCACUGGACGGUGCAGCAACGUAUGUUGGAUACUGGGUACAAGCCGCAAGUCAGACUGGGUAGGGAUGCGGCGUGGCGAUUUGUUGUUUGA